AUGCCCCAACAUGUUCCUAUCGGAGAUGAUGCAUUUAAAUUUGAUCUGGCCGCCCUGCAGACUGGAGUUAUGCACCCGGAGAUGUCAUCAUCGGCCAUUUACAGUAGUGAUAAAACAUACCACCACUAUCGCGACGACUGGCGGCUUUUUGAGCUGGGCGAGUUCGUCAUCCACAAGGGACCGUUGCAUCUCGCUGAAGGAACCGAUGAAGUUCUAAGUUGGCCGAUCUCUGUGACUAUUCCCCUGGAGCCUUCACAAACAUGCAGACAAGGUCAUAUCCAGGACGCCAGUUUCGUUCCGUUGGAGGCGGAUCAUCCGGCUCAUCAUACCUUGCCCGGCUCGUUUUAUUCCCAUGGCGAGGAUUUCGGCUCAGACGAGUCAGAGGACCUUGUUGAAUACUUUCUCCAAGCGAAGCUCCGAUAUGAAAAGGGACAUAAACAGUUUGACUUUGGCAACCAUCAUCGCGACCACGAAGCUGUCCGACCCAUCUAUCUGCGACAUCCGAUCCCACACGAUGAUUUUAUUGGUAUCCCGAAGAUGUUCACGGGAAUGAAUACUGUCGUGAGUCAACGACUUCUCCCGGGCAUGGAAGAAGCAGAUCUAUCUUUCAAGCAAAAUUUCCAGAAAUUCUUCCAUUCGUCCAAAGUCCCACGUUUCCAGUACACUCUGCGCUUCACCGUUCCCACCGCUCUUCACUUGGAUGACCCAACCCCACUGCCCAUUCAAUUGGAGAUUCAACUGGAUCCCACUGGGACCAGCGACUCCAUUAAAGAUGUCGACCAAAAUAUACAAAUUCGCGAGAUUAAGGUGUCUAUCAGAAGUCAAACAGAUGAUCGUGCGCCGGGAGAUUGGAAUCUGUCGGGACAUAACAACGAAUACCACGACAAGACGAAUCUGAACCUAGAGCGUCUCUUUGCAGAACUGGAAUCUCCACUGGUCAUCCACACCGGAAAGCGCAACGAGCCGAUUCAUAUUGGGAAUGUGUUUCAGUUGACUCUUCAUCGCUAUGGUUUGAAGUCCAGGAAUCGAUCCCUUCAAGGCUCAGAUUUUUGCAAAUAUGGCAUUCAGCCUAGUUUCUUGACCUACAAUAUUCGACACCACCAUAUGAUGGAAUGGAAGAUUUCAUUGUCUAUUGCUGGGGAAGAUACGAGUCACAAGUAUUCUCUGCCGGUGCAAGUUAUCGGGCCAGCGUGA